AGAACAGAUAGGCGAACAACAAAAGGUGCUUGUAGUUUCGGACAGCUGAACUUCACAGAGAGUAAACGGGACCCCGAGUGAGCAGACUGAAGUUGUCGCUGAACACACACAGCAGCAGCUCAGUGGUCCUUCUCUACAAAGUGUAGCUAGUCUAGUGGUGUUUACGCCCCGGGAAAGGACGCAUAUACAUCUCCUCCACGGCUCAGGUCAUCAAGGUUUUUACAUGAAUUCAAAAUCAGCCGACCACUGAUCGCUGGAAGCCGGGGAUUGUGUCUUUCAGUUUUUAACCCCGACACGCUGACAUGGAGGGCUUUCUUCGUAGCAGCUUUUUACUGAGCAGAGUCAUGUCUUCAAAGCAAGCCACAUCUCCUUUUGCCUCUGUGGUUGAUGGGGACGAUGCCAUGAGUCAGGAUCACUUGUCUUGGGAGAAAGAGGAGAGUGCCGAGGCCCAUGGUACACCACAGCUGCCCCUGCACAGCCUGCUCCAUGGAAAAGCCCAUCCCGAUGAAAUGCAGCCGCUCAGCAGCGUGCCGCCAGAGAGCGAUUGGGACAGCCUGGUGUCGGCCCAACAGCGCAUGGAAUCUGACAGCAAUAAAGUAUGCUCCCUGUACUCCUUCCGGAACAAUUCCACUUCCCCACACAAGCCGGAGGAGGGGGCCCGGGAGCGAAGUGACCUGCUGAGCGGAUCAGCGUUUGGAACUCCGGAGCGCCGCAAAGGAAGCCUGGCAGAUGUAGUGGACACGCUGAAGCAGAAGAAACUGGAGGAGAUGACAAAGACAGAGCAAGACGACUCUUCAUGCAUGGAGAAACUUCUUUCUAAAGACUGGAAAGAGAAUAUGGAGAGGCUCAACACCAGUGAACUGCUAGCAGAAGUAAAAGGUACUCCAGAGAGCCUCGCAGAAAAGGAACACCAGCUCUCCACAAUGAUCAGCCAGCUGAUCAGCCUGCGAGAGCAGCUCCUGCUGGCCCACGACGAGCAGAAGAAGCUCGCCGCCUCACAGAUGGAGAAACAGAGGCAGCAAAUGGAGCUCGCUCGUCAGCAGCAGGAGCAGAUUGCAAGACAACAGCAGCAGCUUCUGCAGCAGCAGCACAAAAUCAACCUCCUCCAGCAACAGAUCCAGGUCCAGGGUCACAUGCCUCCGCUCAUGAUCCCCAUUUUUCCACACGACCAACGCACUCUGGCAGCAGCAGCAGCUGCCGCCCAGCAAGGAUUUCUCUUCCCUCCGGGAAUGUCUUAUAAGCCAGGUGAUAACUACCCGGUGCAGUUCAUUCCAUCCACAAUGGCAGCUGCAGCAGCGUCAGGACUCAGCCCCCUUCAGCUUCAGCAACUGUAUGCCGCCCAGCUUGCCAGCAUGCAGGUCUCUCCUGGAGCCAAGAUGCCUCAACUCCCCCAGCCCCUCAAUGCCAGUGGGCCCAUGUCUCCCUCUUCUCUGAAGAAUGACAAGAGUUCCUCCAGCCCCAUCACUCACUUUAAGGAGGAGGGAACACAGCCGCUCAACCUGUCUGCUCGGCCAAAGACGACGGACCUGAUGAAAUCCCCCACGUCCCCAACACAAAACCUGUUCCUCGGCAGUAAAGGCAGCCCCAACAGUCUGCUCAGCAAGGGCAUGCACAGCCCACUCGGAGGAGGCAUGGGCCGGGCCUCAUCUUUUGAUAUUCUCUCCAGCCUAAAUUCUACCGCGUUGUUCGGGGACCAGGACACAGUGAUGAAGGCCAUCCAGGAGGCUCGGAAAAUGAGGGAGCAGAUCCAGAGGGAACAGCUGCAACAUCACCAGCAGGGCAUGGAAGCAAAGCUGUCCGCCCUCAGUUCAGUGGGCCUCAACAACUGCAGAGUUGACAAGGAGAGGGCGCAUUUUGAGAGCAUGGGGCACCACCUUGGCAAGCUGGGUGAGGAAGUAAAGAUCGGCCACAGAGUUAUUGACCUCACCAGGCCAGAGGAUCUUGACGGAGGCGCUGGAUCUACUGAGGCCCGAGUCUUCAGGGAAGCCAGAGGGAGGAACAACAACAACAACGAGCCCCACAUUAAAAGGCCAAUGAAUGCGUUCAUGGUGUGGGCCAAGGAUGAGCGGCGCAAGAUCCUCCAGGCCUUCCCUGACAUGCAUAACUCCAACAUCAGCAAGAUUUUGGGUUCUCGGUGGAAGUCCAUGACUAACCAGGACAAGCAGCCAUUCUAUGAGGAGCAGGCCCGUCUGAGUAAGCAACACAUCGAGAAGUACCCGAACUACAAGUACAAGCCGCGGCCCAAGAGGACCUGCAUCAUCGACGGGAAGAAACUCCGCAUUGGAGAGUACAAGCAGAUGAUGCGCUCACGGCGGCAGGAGAUGAGGCAGUUCUUCACUGUGGGACAGCCACCACAGAUUCCCAUCACCACCAGUGCUAGUAUGGUCUAUCCUGUGGCCAUCACCAUGGCAACCACCACACCCUCACCUCAGAUGACAUCAGAAUGCUCGAGUGCCUCCGCGAGUCCCGAGCCCUCCAUUCCUGUCAUCCAGAGCACCUACAACAUGAAGCUAGAGCCCAGUACCUUGGUAAACAACAGUGUGCCGGUCAAUGGCGUGCAUGAGAUGGACAUUUUCGAGGAUUUUGAGGAUGAGCCCAAAACAGACUACAGUAGUGAAAAUGACACACGAGGGCCAGUCAGCGCCAAAUGAGAUCUCCUAAAGGGAAGAGGCCAAUGCCGGCGCAGACACAACACUCAUACAGGAGGAUGCCCACGGGGUUGGUCUGAUCUGAGGGAGUGUAAAAGCAAAAUAAAACUAAACUACACCACAAAGGUUUGAAAAUGUAAAAUAAAUAAUUAACGAUGUAUCAUUUAGAAGCCAGCAUGCAGAUGUGGCUUCAUCAAAAUCAAAAGCUAUUUGGUCUUAAGUGUUUCUUUAAGUUUGUAAAGAAGUUUGGUUGUGGGUUUUUUUUCUAUCUCAUUGUUUAUUUUUUCAUUGAGAUUAUAGACAUUUACACAAUUGGAUCGUAGAACAAAAGACGUAACUUGAAAAUGAACAUUUAAUAUAGAUCUCUAAUUCUUCCAGACAUUUGCCUUUUCAAUUUAGAUGAUUUUGAUUUAUAUUGCAUAACUGUUCAAGAUGGGGAUAAUAUUCUCACUCAGGUAUAGUGUGCCAGCCAACAGCUUGUGAAUGUUUAUAAUCAACAAUUAAUUAUUAGUAUUAUCAGUACAAAAUAUCAGAAAAUUCAUAUAAAGUGAUUCCAGCUUGUUACAGAGGGGAAAUUACACAUUAUUAUUACUAUUAUUCUUAUUCUUAUUCUUAUUAUUAGUGUUCUGUUAUUUUUAUUACACAAACUGCAUAAUUUAGUGCAGAAGUGCCAAACAUUUCAAGCUGUAAACUCUUUAGGGAGAGGCUUCUUGAGUCCUGGACAAUCUCUUGAUCCCUUAAGACAGCUUAAUUAUCCAGAAUUCUUUAAUUUACCCGAACAGAAUAAAGAGAUGAAACUCAGGAACUCGGAGGCAGCCGCUCUGCUGGAGGUUGAAGUAGACAACAUGGCUGGUGAUGCUAGCUGUUCUCCAGGGAGCCCAAUGCAGUGAUCAUCAAUGAAAGCGGCCAGCCCUUUCAUUUCCUCUUCCCAGUCCACGCAGAGCACCGUGGCGUCCUUAACGCAUUUCCAACACUGCAACCCAGUCCGAUUCACCAAGUUCUUAAUCAGAGUGAUUGUAAUCAGGCCAGAAUGAAAAAAGGCCAAAGGCCCCCAAUCUGUGGGAUUGGAACCACAGCAGAAGGCAGCUUUGGGGGCAUUACAAUCUCAAAUUGAUGUUGUACAAUGUUUAGCUACAGUACAUUCUGUUAAACGCUUUAGCCCUACUUGGACGGUAAGUUUAAAGUCUUACGUCUUCAUUUUUUUUCAAUCUUAAUUCUAUUUUAGACAUUGUAAAUCUUAAAUUGACACUAAGAAGUCUUAAAGCGGAGCACGGUCAUCGGGUUGAUGCAAUGAGUUGAUUACUGCCGUAGUCUUAAAAGGAGUGACAGUUUAUGAGGAUAUUUAUAAACUUACAGAAAGGCUCAAAUCGUAUGUUUGUUUCUUAAAUGACCUCGUCAUAUGCGCAUGACUGGGCGAACUUAAAACACAGAUUUUUGCAAUAGUGCACUUAUACAAAUAUAAUUUUGUCACCCUUGAGCCUUAUGUUGUUAUUUAAAAAAAUAAAUGUAUCGGCUUUCGAAAUGCACCUCACGCUUUUGCAUUUAAAACAGGCAGUGAUUUAAGCGCCAAAGCUGAUAAGUGGUGACCUUCUGGAGACGGCAGCGAGAUAAAGCUCGGCCUUGAUGUUGAGACCCAGAUCCUCUUUGCAGGGCAAAGGGUCUAAGUGGCUUGCCUCCCUGCCAUGCCCUGCUCUGACCCCUGCCCGGGGCAACCUCAGCACCCAGGGGGCGCCAUCUGGCUCAGAGAAGAGAACACACCAGGGCGGGAUGGGAAACAAUACAAAUGGGCCUUGUGUCCCUCAUUGUGCUCUCCAUCAAAGUACUGGUGGUACGGCCUCAACAGCGCUCCCACGCUGGCCCAAUCACUAGGCACUGGUGAGCAGAUGGAACAAGUACAUCAAGCUGUGGGGGAUUAUUAAAAUGACUGACGACUGGGUAUCAUCUGAAAUACAACAUUAUUAAUGCAUGACUCCUGCUAUUCCCCUCCUUUGCCCUUGAACCUGUCCAUUUCAGAAAGAGAUCAGAGCUUUUUGAAGGAUCUGAAUGGCUGGUCACUGGCUUUAACUGGUCAAGAUCCCCACUGCUGGUCACUGCAUUUUCCUCCUAGCUCUAAUUGGUACAGAUGGCUCUACAUAUCUCUUACGCACUCAUUUCUUCUGUACUUUUAUUGUCAAUAUAAGUGCUGGCUUGUGUUGUUUCUACUUUUUGGAAGCAUUUAUAUUCUUAGUCGUGUAGGUUUUUUUAUCCAGGCCAUUCAUAAUUCCUGUUUUACUUUCUUCUCCAUCACACCUUUUCUACAUUAUUCUCAUUUUGAGGUACACAACGUUUUGGGACGCUCUCCUACAAACAAACCCAAGUGGAUUUCCCUCCAAGUCAAACUGUUUAACAUGUUCAAGCGGUUUGCGCCUGUUUGCUGGUGGUUGGAUUGAUUUGUAUGUGUGAUUGUAAAUAUGUUCAUGACCAUGCCACACUUGCUUUAGUUGGCUGGGAGUUAAAGAGGACUCUUCAUGGAACUGAAACUUGACUGUGCUUAUAUAGCAACAACAAAAAAGAAAAAGAAAAAUGACAUGAACUCACAAGGAGACAAUGUUUUUUAAGUGUUAUAAGCACUGGAUAUAAAUUGUAUUUUUAUCAAUUCUGAUUAAUGUGAAGCUGUUCGAGGAAAAAAACACCAUGAAUGAACAAAAAUCUCCAGUUGGACUCAAGUGGGUUUGCUCUCACAGUUGCCAGAUUUUAGUCCUUUUUUUGUCUACUUAUUUUGUUUAUUUAUGCAAAGACUCAUGUGAUGAAUGAACACUUUGUUUAAGCUUCAGGGCUGCCUAGGGGAGAGACUCAGCACAAGAAAAAAUGAGCAGAAAAUUCAACAGCAGGCUCGGUUGGCCGUCAAACACCAGACUUCAGUGCAUUGUAUAUUGUAUUUGAAAUUGUAGAGUAUCAAAAUAUUGUAUUUAUUAUCAGCCACUGCUGGCUCUAAAAUUGUCAGUAAAACAACAACACAGACAAUCAGAGAAAUAGAAAGAAGAAAAAAAACAUGUUUGAUGAAUUUGAGCUUAAAAUGGUUUUCAGUGAAUUCACCAUCUCAUUUAGAUUUUAUUGUAAAUAUAACAUAGGAAAUAUAUUUUUGUUCAUUAGUGAAGUAUAAGUUAUGUAUUUGGCUGUUCUAUUUUAUUUUUUCUGUUUUAUUUUUGUACAUGGUUUCAUGUUUCUAAAACCGGACAGGUCCCCGUACCUCAUGCAGAUGCUGGUUUGACCUGAGACAGAGUGAAACGCCUCACUUGCCAAUGUUAUCUUCCUUGGACUAUUCAAAGAAGCAAUCAACAUGAAUUAUACUCAUCAGACUUGUUUAAACACAGGGGUCAUUACAUGUACGGUACUCAUUUAGGCAAUACGCUCUUGAUAUGAAAGGAUUAUACAACAAUAUGUUUCCAAUCGUCCUACAAUCUAUGUGGUACCCUUGUGUUUUUUGGUUAUAACAGCACUCAUAGUUUGCGUCAAUUUUCUUACGAGGAGCUGAUACCAUCCAAAAAACCCUGCAUGCAUCUGGCUUUCAUUUACACCACAAUAAACAAAAGUGUUUUUUCAUGAAUGAUUGUUUCAAACUAGUGAUGUUUUCAGAUGUUUAAAGAGGUGGGAGCGUGCAAAUAUUUCUUUCUUUCAAUGUGGCGAAAUGCACCAACAUGGAGCAUUCUGCAUACUUAAUUCUCUCCUUGUCAUUUUUUUGUAUGUUGCUGAUUCCUAUUGAACUUGGUCACGACUAUCCAGCCAUCUGCAUAUGUAGCCCUCAUCAUUUAGUUUCUCUCAAUCCACUUGCUGGUUUGAACAAACAACUGAAGACAAAAGGUUGUAUUCUGUUCCAACAUUAGUUUGUUCUGUCUGAACUUUGCGAUGUAUAUGGUGGGAAUGUUCUCUGUGUUAAUUUAAUCAGCACAAUUCACUGACAUGCUGGACUGACAUGCUAGCUGCUGUUCAGAAGUGUAAAAUAUGUUAUUCGGGGCAACAUUUAUAGUUGCCUUUGGUACUUUGCUUUUUAGAGUUGUCUCUCAAGCAACACUGUGUGUGGCUCUUCUAUCAUUGGAGCCAUUGUUUUGAAAUUGCUGGCAGUCUGAUACAAUUUUCUGCGAAGAAUUUUUUUUUUCUGGCAGGUACCUAAGCCCAUGGCAAGUAUUGAUUGGGUGUAGAGAAAAUGAAAUACAGUGUCUGUUGGUCUGUUGCUGCUUUAAAAAAAAAGUUUAUGUCUGAAUAUGUAAAUAGUUUAUCAUAAUAUCUUGUACAGUCCAAUGUAAAGUUUUUAAUUCAACUUAAAAAAAAAAAAAGGUUUGCCCAUCACAUUGUGUUCACAUUCUUCUUUAUACAGUACAACAAAUUAAUUAUUUGCUAGGGGUAUUAUUGAUAAAAAAGAAAAAAAAAGAAAAUGUUCAGAAUUUUUUUAAAUGUUUGUUUUGUUUUGCUUGGCUUCAAAGUGUACACCAGCAAGUCUUUUGGUUUCCAUGUGCAGUAUUGACGUGAGGUGAACUUAAGGUGAAUAAUUUUACAGUGGUGUGUGUGGAGAGCUGUCUUCUCCGCUUCAAUAGUAUUAAUACACUAUAUCAAGUAAAAAACAAACCAAUGGGUGACACAUUCGGGUGCAUCUAGGCACCAUUGAAAAUGUGUAUACUGUAUAUGAUUAAAUUAUCCCCACAGGAUCAAUUCAGGCAUUAUAAUGUAACACCAUUUUCUGUAUGUCUCAGUCCAUUGUAACAAUGCAACAGUGGGAUGACUAACUGCCUGUUUAAAACUCAUUUACCUCAAGAAUUCCCUCCUUUUCUGUAAAAGAAACAGAAAUUGUGUUACAGAAAACUUCUCCCAUCACUCCAUCUUUUGUACUGCUGUUGACACUUACAAAUUAAAGAGACAUUUUGUUUUAA